CGCGCAGUCUUCUAUCUUCAAUCCCGUUCUUCUCAGUCCACCAGCGGCGCUCUCAAUAGCAAAGCAGAGCGAUAGUUCACUGGUCCACAUCGACCAUCCGUCCUCCACCCGUCGACUUCGAAAAGCGGCCAUCCCUCCUCCAGCGGCAAGGAAAUCCUCUGCCUCCUCAGUUCGUUGUCGCCGUCCGGUUCUUCCUGAAUCGGUAAGUUGGAUUGUCUAUCCGAUUAUCUGUUUCUUCAUAACGAACACUCCCAAUCCCAGCAGCCAGCCCUAAUUUCUCUACAGCCGACGAACCCCUUCUCUCUGCUUUCUCACCACCCCGUAUUCCUCCGAAUUCACCCUCCUGUAGAUAUCGCCAUUCUCCUCUGCUAGCAUCUGGUCGUCCAUCGACGGUCCACCACCUACGGAUUUCGUCCCCCAGCCAGGCGGACAUCACCGUUUAGAGUCCGUUCUCCACUGCUCAGCCUCGGCACCUCUCACGGCUGUGCCGGCUCCAGAGUAGACAACCACUGCUCCGCCUUGUCACCACCGCUGCCGGCUCCAGAAUCUAGGCCACUGCUGCCGCCUGGAGUGCCAGACCAGAUCACCACUACACUGCCUCUUCCGCCUCACUUCCGAUCUGCUGCGCCUGCAGCUUGCUGAUUAUCUCUGUAAGUUCUCCCCUGUUGCUUAGUUAAUUAGGUUGGUCAUUUCUUUAGUUUUUCAUGAAAGUGAAGUGAUGUUGCAGAAUAUAUUUGAGAUUAAACGAAGGAAGUUAGUCAAAGAAUAUUUGAUAGAUUUGACAUUACAUAUAUUUGAUAAUGAAUGAAGAUUGAAGAAAUCAGUUGUAUAGAUUUGAGAAUUGAGAUUACAAGGAAUAUUUGGGUUUGAUAAAUGCAAACCUUGAAGCCAAGGGACUUGUUUAGUUCUUUUUAUCCUUGAGAACAUUUGUAUGCUUUGAUUUCGAAAAUUUGGAUUCUAAAACUCAUUUGUGACUUUUGAUUUAUGCUAUUAUGUGACCUUUGAUUUGUAUUCUAUGUUUAUGAGCUUGUUGUUAUGACUUGACUUAUGAUUUUGCUCUACGUCAAAAGCGACUCAAAUUAUAUAAUGUGUAUGACAAGUUACAUUUAUAGGUAUUUAUUCACUUACAUAAGGUCUGCACAUUCAAAAUUUACAGGAUACAUGUCCUACUUAGCAGAUUUUUAGGUAUUUUAUUUUUACAUGAUGCAUCAAAAGUUUAUGCUUUUAAGCUCUAUACUUUUACCCAUCGUUCCGUUUCUAGGUAGAAUCGUGCUUUUGAUUGCAUUAGUCAGAAUCAUUUGGUGUUUUACUUAUAUGCUGCUGCCAUAUUAGUUUCUUCUUGUUGAUUUAUUUGGUCUAGUAUGCCAUAGGCCAUGUCCUGCCAUCUCUACCUUUUAGAUUAUUAUGAUAAAUUUUGGCUCAUCUAACCCUUUCCGUGGGCUUUUUUUCUUCUGUUGAUUAUUUGGUGCCUAAAACUGUUUUAUUCUGGUCCAGCCAGGGGGUUUGUGUUUUUUAUCUUCCUUUUCUGUUUCCUUGUGCAGUUAACGAUCAUAGCAGGGUAGGGUCUCAACCUUACUUCUGAGAGUUGCAGAAUGGCUACUGGACCUGGGCUCGAGUCUCUUGUUGAUCAAACCAUUUCCGUGAUCACAAAUGAUGGCCGCAACAUAGUGGGCAUCUUGAAAGGCUUUGAUCAGGCCACGAAUAUCAUCCUUGAUGAAUCUCAUGAACGUGUUUAUUCCACUAAGGAAGGCGUCCAACUACUGGUUUUGGGUUUGUACAUAAUAAGGGGUGAUAACAUAAGCGUUAUUGGGGAACUCGACGAGGAACUCGAUGCGCACCUUGACCUGUCGAAUCUCAGAGCACAUCCCCUCAAGGCUGUGAUUCAUUGAUUAGAGGCUCGAACAGUUUCGGAGUUGCUCUUGGUGGACCGGAUUCUUGUAUGAGUGUUCAACUUAGAGAGAUACCAGCGCGUCUUAACUGCAGACGUAAGUUGGGACUGUUUUACGUGAACAGUUUGACCGUCACAAUUUGGUGGAGGUCACUGUGUUUAAGCCGAAGUGAUUCUAAUUACUUCGAAUGGACUGAGAAUGGGAAGGAGCGAUUUUUGACGAUUAGUUCUGAAUGUCAUUUACGGCGGUACGUCAGUUUCUCCAUAGCAUUGAAGAGAAUUGUUGGACAUUAUGGGUCGAUCUUAAUAUUGACACUUUAUUUGAGCAUUUUAUAUGACUAGACUGCAAAUUUCAAAUCUAUGAGUUGGCCUUCGCUCAAGAGGGUAUGAUCAAAAUAUUAAUACAAUGCACCAAACCGAAUAACUUGUUUGUAUUACACCUCAUAAAGUAGCAUGUUUCCG